AUGAGUUACAAAUGGUGUGCAGUGCCUAAAUGUAAAAAUACGUCAAUUAAAACCCCGGAAAAGUUAUUUAUAUGUGUUCCAAGGAAUGUUAAAAUGCGUCGAAAGUGGUUGGAACUUUCUCGGAGGAAUUGUGAUGAAAUAAUGCCGAGUUCCAAUAUAUUUUUCUGUGAAGAUCACUUCAAUUUGCAACAAGACAUGGCAAAUUAUUGUGAGUAUAAAAUGGGUUUCAGUCAGAGGAUAAUUAUGGUGGAUAAAGUUUUACCUUCUAAAUUUAGUUGUCAGUCAGACUGCAAUAAAAGAAUUAGUGAUGCUGGCCCUUCUCGUAAAGCAUUCGUCAAGAGGCAAAGAAAGAGACUCAUUCAGGAAUGUGAAAUCACUAUACAACAACCAAUAAUAACCAAAAAUCAGCGUUCUGCUAUUAUAGAACCAACUUUACUCAAAUACCUCCCCACUGAUACAGUAGAACCUACAAUAAACAAUCAGCCUGUUGAUGAACAAUAUAUAUUGGGGUUAUAG